AUGGCCAGCACAUUAAGCCCCAGCACCACAACUGGGACCCCAGAGCCACCUCCACUAUCAGAACGCAUCCAAAAUGCUGCUGACAUCUCUGUCCUCGUCAUCUAUUUCGUAGUAGUGAUGGUCGUUGGGCUGUGGGCAACACUGAAGACGAACCGGGGCACUGUGAGAGAAUUCUUCCUGGCUGGUCGAGAUGUGGCCUGGUGGCCGAUCGGUGCCUCUCUCUUCGCCAGUAACAUUAGCAGCAACCACUUUGUGGGGCUGGCUGGGACAGGAGCAGCUUCGGGAAUUGGUGUUGCGACAUUUGAAUGGAACGCCAUAUUGCUGCUGCUUCUGCUAGGUUGGGUCUUUGUCCCGAUUUACAUCAAGGCGGAGGUGAUGACCAUGCCGGAAUAUCUCAAGAAGCGGUUUGGUGGGAAGCGACUUCAGAUCUACCUUUCUAUCCUCUCCCUCUUCAUGUCGGUGGCUUUGAGAAUCUCGGCAGACAUAUAUUCUGGAGCCGUGUUCAUCAAACUGGCCUUGGGACUGGACCUUUACCUCGCAAUCUGCAUUCUCUUGGCUAUCACUGCUGUUUACUCCAUCACCGGUGGCUUGGCCUCAGUGAUUUACACGGACACUCUCCAGGCCAUCAUCAUGCUGGUUGGCUCUUUCAUUCUCAUGGGCUAUGCAUUUGAUGAAGUUGGAGGCUAUGAGAGUUUUAAGGAGAAGUAUAUGAAUGCCAUUCCAUCUGUAAUCGAGGGAGACAACAUGACCGCCAACCCCAGCUGCUACACUCCUAAACCAGAUUCCUUCCACGUUUUCCGAGAUCCCAUCGCCGGUGACAUUCCAUGGCCAGGAUUGGUAUUUGGAAUGCCCAUUGUGGCUGCAUGGUACUGGUGCACAGACCAGGUUACUGUACAGCGCUGCCUGUCCGGUAAGGACAUGUCUCACGUAAAGGCCGCCUGCAUCAUGUGUGGUUACCUGAAGAUACUUCCCUUGUUCCUCAUGGUGAUGCCAGGAAUGAUCAGCCGCAUCCUGUACCCAGACAAUGUAGCGUGUGUCAUACCUUCUGAAUGUGAAAGACACUGUGGCAUUGAUGUCGGCUGCACUAACUAUGCCUACCCAACACUGGUGCUGGAACUGAUGCCGGCUGGGCUGCGAGGCCUGAUGUUGUCAGCCAUGCUGGCCUCUCUCAUGAGCUCCCUCACCUCCAUCUUCAACAGCUCCAGCGCCCUCUUCACCGUGGACCUCUACACCAAGAUCCGAAAGCAAGCAUCGGAGAAGGAGCUCCUGAUCGCUGGACGGUUAUUUGUCAUUCUUCUAAUUAUUGUCAGCAUCAUGUGGAUCCCCUUAGUAGAGGUAUUUCGAAGUGGACAAUUAGUCCAUUACACGGAAGGAAUUUCCAGCUACCUUGGGCCUCCGAUUGCAGCUGUCUUCUUGCUGGCUAUCUUCUGUAAAAGAGUCAAUGAACAGGGUGCAUUCUGGGGUCUUAUGAUUGGACUUGUGAUGGGCCUUAUUCGUAUGAUUGCAGAAUUUGCCUAUGGAACAGGGAGUUGCAUGGUUCCCAGCAAAUGCCCGACUAUUAUCUGUGGAGUACACUACCUAUACUUUGCCAUCAUUCUCUUUGUUGUGACCACAGCAGUCGUCCUAGGAGUUUCCCUCUUAACAAAACCUAUACCGGAUGUUCAUCUACAUCGCCUGUGCUGGACUCUGCGGAACAGUAAGGAGGAACGAAUUGAUUUGGACGCAGAAGAGGAAAAGCCAGAAGAAUCUGAUCAAAGUGUUGAAGAAGAUAAUCCCAAGAAAUCGCGUGGGUGUCUCAAGAAGGCAUAUGAUAUAUUCUGUGGCUUACAAAAGACAGGAAGCAAGCUGACCCAAGAGGAGGAAAAGGCCCUGAGGGAGAAGUUGACGGACACAUCUGAGAGGCCCUUGUGGAGGAUGGUCGUGAAUAUCAACGCCAUCAUCCUCCUAGCUGUGACUGUCUUUCUGCACGCUUAUUUUGCCUAA